UCAAUCUGGCAACCCGUACAUAGACUAUAAAUAGGCGCUGCAGUGGAGCUUCAUGAGUGGGUCGCGUGAAGCACAAAGCAGCUCUUCCGAAUAGACUGGGAACUCCAACACUACAGAAUGGCACCGAAGAAGGUCUGUAUUAUCGGUUCUGGCAACUGGGGUUCUGCCAUUGCCAAGAUCGUUGGAUCCAACACUGCCAAGUUUGCCACGUUUGAGGACACGGUGAACAUGUGGGUGUUUGAAGAAAUGGUGAACGGACGCAAACUCACAGAAUUUAUCAACAUGGAGCAUGAGAAUGUCAAAUACCUACCAGGACAUAAGCUGCCUCCUAACGUGGUGGCUGUUCCAGAUCUAUUAGAAGCCGUGAAAGGUGCAGACAUUCUUAUCUUUGUAAUCCCACACCAGUUUGUAAAGAGAACUUGCGACACAAUCAAAGGUCACAUCAAGUCGGAUGCGGUGGGCAUGUCCCUAAUCAAGGGUGUUGAUGAGGGUCCAGAUGGGUUGAAACUCAUUUCUGAUGUCAUCAAGGAGAAGCUGGGUAUAAAUAUGACUGUGCUAAUGGGAGCCAACCUGGCCAAUGAGGUGGCUGAGGGCAAAUUCUGUGAGACUACAAUUGGCUGUAAAAGUAAAGAACACGGGCCACUGCUGAAGGAACUCAUGCAGACAAUGAACUUUCGUGUUACAGUAGUGGAAGAGUCGGAUGUUGUAGAGAUUUGUGGAGCUUUGAAGAACAUUGUGGCAGUUGGCGCAGGUUUCUGCGACGGACUUGGCUUCGGUGAUAACACCAAAGCAGCUGUAAUCCGUUUGGGUCUGAUGGAGAUGAUUGCUUUUGCACGUAUCUUCUGCACAUCCAGUACUGUCUCCCCUGCCACCUUCCUGGAGAGCUGUGGUGUUGCUGACCUAAUCACCACCUGCUAUGGAGGACGCAACCGUAAAAUCGGUGAGGCUUUCGCCAAAACCGGCAAGUCAAUUGAAGAGCUGGAGAAGGAGAUGCUGAAUGGGCAGAAGCUUCAGGGUCCAGCCACUGCAGCUGAAGUGAACCACAUUCUCAAACACAAAAACCUGGUGGACAAAUUUCCUCUGUUCAACGCAGUGUAUCAGAUCUGCUUCCAGGGCCAUCCAGUGAAAGAGUUCAUCAGCUGCUUGCAGAAUCACCCAGAACACAUGUAACAACAUCCUGAAUCAUGAUAAGGUUUGUCUAGUUAAAAAGCUACUACUAAUCUAGUUGGGGAGUUGGGGCUGUCUUCACCGUGCCUAUAUUUCUAACUGAGGAAAGAAGAAUCUGAACUAGGGCUAACCUGAAUGUCUGAACUUCAUUUUUAAAGAAAGCCUUACGCCAACACCUAAAUCACCCUGUCUAUGUUGUUAAGUAAGAUUUUAACCUACGAUUUUUUGUUUUGUAAAUGUGUCUUAACUGAGAUAUGUACUAACUGUAUUCAUGUAGCUGCUCUUGAGUGAGUAAGCUGCUUUGUUACACUACUGUGUGUGCUGACAGAAUCUAAAGGAGUGUGGAUUUAAGUGCCUUAAAUGUUUUUUACCUGAAUAUUCAUCCUGCUCAGUUGUUCAUUUGUUUUCUGUUCAAGGCGAAACAUUAAAAGUAACUCUACACACUAAUACAAAGUGUACAUCCCUGCUUUUACAAUCUGGUUUAUUUUUGAUUGAAUGUGUAUUCUGGCGCAAACAUAAAAUACUGUCAUUUUGAAAAAUUAUUUAAACUGAA